GUCUUAAAGGCAAACACAUACACAAUCAAUAAAUACAGAAGGAGAGAGUUAGUUAUUCAAUGACAAGGAAAAUAAUAUGGAAAUAAACGAAAAGUUAAGAGAUACAACCUAUGAUCAGAAAUGGUGGUGUUGCGCCUGGGGUCUACUUAAACCGGAGCAUAACGAAUCCGCUGUUGAAGAAGGCGAAAGAUCCCCGUCGACUGGCAGGCGAAAUGCCAAAGAAUUCAUUAUUACCGGCGGCGUCGAACCGCAAGUGAGAAUUGUGCAUUUAUCGCCCACAGAGGAUCAUGUGUUCCCCUAUGAAUACACUUUGCCCUUGCCUCGCACGGGUGUUCAUUGUGUGGCCGUCAGUCCGGACAGCAGUUGCAUUGCUGCCAUCGCUAUGGAUGGCAAUCUAAUGUUGCUGGAUAUCAACACUGGCGUACGUUUGCCCAGUGUCAGUCACUGUUUGGUCAGCAAUUUCUGGUCCACGGCUUUUGGGGCUGAGAGCAAUGAGGCUGUCUACGCUGGUUCCGGCAAUGGACGUAUCUUUAAGUAUGACACCGCGAAGGGGAAAUUGUUGCACAGCUACGACACGGAACGUUGUGAGAAAAUCCUUGGUUUGGCCAUCAGCGGAGAUGAACGUUUGUUGGGUGCCACCGAUUAUGCCGGUAGAUUCUCGUUGAUCGAUGGUGCCACUGGUCAGAUAUUGCGGCGUCGCAAUUUUAAGCAUCCUCUACGUAAAUUGGUCUUUCAACCGAAUAUGAAACGUGCUUUGGCCGCCUGCGAUGACAAGACCGUAAAGCUCAUUGAUUUGCCCAGUGGGAUGAUGUUCCAUGAUCUGAAGGGACACGAUUCGUCUGUGAUGUCGGUGGCCACCUCGCCGGAUGGUCGACUUAUUGUAAGUGGUGCCCGCGAUGGCACCAUCAAGUUGUGGGACACUCGCAACACCAAGAACACGCUGUCCUUUCUGUCGGAUAAUAACACGAAUCUGUGGGAUGUGGCCUUCAAUAGGCACAGCAACAAGAUCGGGUUUGUGGGCAACGGCAAGGGACUGAAUGUCUACUAUUGCCUCGGUGGAAUGCGAUUGAUGUUAGUGUAAAAGACAUGUGUUUUUAAAGUUUCAUUACUAUUAAAAUGUUGUGUUUUAAGAGUUAUCAACUUAGCAAAGUACGUCAGGCUAGUGCUCGGAACUUAAUGCGGAGCAUCACGAAUAGUGAUCAGUGCAGGAAAUAUAACGAGUCCGUAGUUAAGGAAAUACUGGAGCUUCUCCUCUAUGAUGUUCCUCCACUGGUCCAUACUCCACCCCUCUUAGGGUCAUCCAGAUAUACCUGAACCUAAACCUAUGAGCAAACCUGAAGAGAAAGUUUAUUGACAGCCCUCGCCAAGGCCUCAUUAAACUGCGGGCUGUUUUCUUUUUUGGUGUUCGCUACUUCACCCAGUUGCGACGAGAGGGAGCGAGGGUAUAAAAGGGUAAUAACUAUGCGGUUAAGUAUGUAAUGGGAGGAUGGUGGCAACUCUGUAAAUAAAAAAAAUAUAUAUUUCGAUGACGCGGCCUUAAUUGACAAUCGGUUGUCAGCGGCAUUUUUAUUUGUAAUUUGUAAAUUGUUAACAAUUUAUUUUUAAUGUACCUUUGUUUUUGUUUGCUGAUGUUAGCUUUAUGCUUUUAUGUAUGGAUGCUCAUAUGUGUGCGUAUUUCCGUGUGUUUUCUACUUGUCUCCUUGUGUCUUUUGUUUUAUCA